AUGGCCUUGUCAUCUCGAGGAGGCGAUGCGCUCAGUAUCAGUCCUCCGACUGGAGUGGACGAUGCCCUGUCUCGAGCUGGGUCUGACUGGCUUUGGGCGGUGACGGCCAUCUAUAUCAUGUCUUUUCUCGGUCUUGUCGUCUUCUGCUUCACCACUCGUGAAAGUGACAGAGUUUUCCAUUACCUCUUCACAUGCGCCCUUCUCGCCGGCUCCGUCUCCUAUUACGCCCAGGCUUCUGAUCUUGGCUGGAGCGCCGUUGAGCAGGUUGGACACGCCACAACCCAUCAGGUUUUUUACGCAAAGUACAUAAACUGGGCUGUCGCAUUCCCAACAGUCUCCCUAGCGCUUGGAAUGCUAUCCGACGUAUCCUGGACGACCAUCUUCACCAACAUCUUCAUGUCCAUAUUUUGGGUCAUCACAUACCUUGUGGCCGCAUACACCACCACCACUUACAAGUGGGGGUUCUUCGCCUUUGGGACGUUGGUGUGGGCCAUUCUCGCCAUGAGCACGCUCAAUGAGAGCUAUGAGGCCGCGUCACGCAUGGGCGUCGGGCGCCACUACAUCAUGCUGUCGGGAUGGGCCAACCUGUUGUGGUUGCUAUAUCCUGUUGCGUUCGGCUUGAGCGACGGUAGCAACCACAUCAGUGUCACCAGUGGAUUCAUCUUCUUUGGCAUUCUAGACGUGCUUCUGAUUCCGGUGUGGAUCUUUGCGUUCAUACUCCUCGCACGAAAGUGGAGCUACUCGAAGUUGAAGCUUGACUUCAGCGAGUCUCGAAGCGGGCAACACGGCGGUAUUGUGUCUAAUAAAGGGGCUGCGGUCGAUUCUCCCGUGCCAGGGGAUGGAACCGUUGCUAGUCAGAAUGCUUCUGUGGUGUGA